GGCGGGGCGAUGCGAUGAGAUGCGGGGCCGGGCUGACGGCGCUGCCCCCCAGGUACGGCUUCGUGGAGUUUGAGGACUCGCGUGACGCAGACGACGCCGUUUACGAGCUGAACGGCAAGGACCUGUGCGGGGAGCGGGUGAUCGUGGAGCACGCCCGGGGCCCCCGCCGGGACCGCGACGGCUACAGCUACAGCAGCCGCAGUGGAUAUAGCAGUCGCAGACAAUCGGGAAGAGAUAAAUAUGGACCACCUGUGCGUACAGAGUACAGACUGAUUGUUGAAAACCUUUCCAGUCGCUGUAGUUGGCAGGAUUUGAAAGAUUUCAUGAGGCAAGCUGGUGAGGUAACCUAUGCAGAUGCUCACAAAGAACGCACAAAUGAAGGGGUAAUAGAAUUUCGGUCUUACUCUGAUAUGAAGCGUGCCCUGGACAAAUUGGAUGGCACAGAGAUAAAUGGCAGGAAGAUAAGGCUGGUUGAGGACAAGCCACGUUCAAGCCAUAGGCGAUCUUACUCUGGCAGCCGAUCAAGGUCACGCUCUAGAAGAAGGUCACGAAGCAGAAGUCGCAGAAGCAGGAGUAGCCGCAGCCGAUCCCGUAGUGUCUCUAAAAGCCGGUCACGAUCUAAAUCCAGGUCACGGAGCAAAGAUCGUUCGCGUUCCAGAUCUAAAAGCAGGAAGUCAAGAUCAAAGAGCAAAUCUAAACCUAAGUCUGACCGGGGUUCCCGCUCCCGCAGCAGAUCCAAGGCAAAAUCUGAGAAGUCUCGCAGCAGGUCUAGGUCCAUGUCUCGCUCUCCCAAAGAAAAUGGUAAAGGAGAUGCUAAGUCUAAAUCCAGAUCAAGGAGUAGGUCUCGUUCCAACUCGCCACAGCAGCAAGCCUCUGCCAAGGCUCGUUCAGAGUCGCCAUCCAAAAGAGCUGCAUCAAGGUCCCACUCCAGAUCUCAUUCAAAGUCUCGCUCACGAUCAAGAUCUAGUUCAAGAGAUUAAGACUAGAACUCUCCUCUUACUUUGCACACUAUUAUGGAACGUUUUCCUACUUGCCAGACCAUUAGUCUUUUAUGUUAGUCCUUCAGAAGUUGGUUUCUUCUUUUGCAGAAAGGAAUGGCCUGAGAACCAAGUAAUGAGGCAUAAAGGUUUGAUUUGUAUCUAAAUUUGGUGAAAAGAUGAGGUGGUGUGGAAAUGGUGGUAAGAGCAGAAAGAGAGUCCCCUUUUUCUAGGAAAAUAAAGUUAAACUUUUGAUUUUUAGCAUUUCAGCAGAAAUAAUUUGACUGCUGUUAAGAUGAAAGUGGGUUUUAUAUUAAAAUAAACUCUUGAGCAUAAGACGCUUAAAUUCAGGCUUUUUUGAGAACAUUUUUUUCCCCCCUAAUUUUUCACUAUUUUAAAAUUACGGACCUUAGUA